CCUCCUUUUGCGCUUGCGCGGCGGUCUCCGAGCGGGUAGGAGCGCCUGCGCGGUGACGUGGACGUCCCGUGCGCGCGCAGGCUCUUCAGCUGGAGCGGACACACGGUGUGCGAACGGAACAAAAUAACCCGCCCCCAGCGGGAUGUGAAGGACUCCGGGUGAGGCCGGCCACGCCCCGCACGGCUGAGAAGGCCAUUGUGACUAUGUGGUGACUACAGUUAUCUUACUACGAGUUUCCCACUGGAAUCAUGGAGGAAAAACAGCAGAUUAUAUUGGCUAGUCAAGAUGGUGGGACAAUGGCAGGAGCAGCACCUACCUUCUUUGUCAUCCUAAAACAGGCAGGAAAUGGCAAAACAGAUCAAGGAAUUUUGGUUACUAAUAGGGAUGCUUGUGCUUUGGCUACCAGUGUGUCAUCCCCAGGAAAAUCUACAGGGAAGAUUUGCCUUCCAGCCGAUUGCACUGUGGGAGGUAUCACUGUCACCUUGGAUAACAAUAGUAUGUGGAAUGAAUUCUAUCAUCGAAGCACAGAGAUGAUUCUGACCAAGCAGGGAAGACGCAUGUUUCCUUACUGUCGUUAUUGGAUAACAGGUUUAGAUUCAAAUAAGAAGUAUAUCCUUGUCAUGGAUAUAUCUCCUGUGGAUAACCAUCGUUAUAAGUGGAAUGGUCGCUGGUGGGAACCCAGUGGGAAGGCAGAGCCCCAUGUUUUGGGGAGGGUUUUUAUUCAUCCAGAAUCUCCUUCCACAGGUCAUUAUUGGAUGCACCAACCAGUAUCUUUUUAUAAACUGAAACUUACCAACAAUACACUGGACCAAGAAGGGCAUAUUAUCUUGCACUCUAUGCAUCGAUACCUGCCAAGGCUUCAUUUGGUACCUGCAGAAAAGGCUACUGAAGUGAUAAAGUUAAAUGGCCCUGGUGUCCACACAUUUACCUUCCCACAGACUGAAUUCUUUGCAGUAACAGCUUAUCAGAACAUACAGAUUACUCAGCUGAAAAUAGAUUACAAUCCAUUUGCUAAAGGCUUCCGGGAUGAUGGGCUGAAUAGUAAGCCCCAGAGAGAUGGAAAGCAAAAAAACAGCUCUGACCAAGAAGGUAAUAGUGUUCCCAGUUCUCCUGCUCAACGGGCCCGUCUCACAGAAGGUGAAGGGUCAGAGAUACAGCUAACUGAUUCAGAUCCUUUAUCUAGGGGUCAUGAGACAUCAGGCAAGGGUUUGGAGAAGCCUUUCCUUAAUAUAAAUCAAGACUUUCUUGGUUUCAUGGAUAUUGAUUCAUCAGUUGGUGAAGUUACUCAGUUUAAACAAGAGGUUUCUGAAAGACAUGUUGCCAACAGUUUUGAAGACAGUACCCAUGUAGCAUCACCAGUAGACCCAAAUGGAAAUUUCAAUGUUGUCAUUAAAGAGGAACCUCUAGAUGAUUACGACUAUGACCUUGGUGAGUUUCCAGAAGGGGUCACUGUGAAACAGGAAGAGACGGAUGAGGAAACAGAUGUAUACUCAAACAGUGAUGAUGAUCCUAUAUUAGAGAAACAGCUAAAGAGGCACAAUAAAAUUGAUAACCUAGAAGCUGACCAUCCGUCUUCUAAAUGGCUACCAAAUAGCCCAUCAGGUGUCGCUAAAGCUCAAAUGUUCAAAUUAGAUGCUGGAAAGAUGCCAGUAGUUUGUCUGGAGCCCUGUGCUGUCACCAAAAGCACAGUGAAGAUUUCUGAGCUCCCUGAUAACAUGAUUUCGACAUCUCGGAAGGAUAAAUCUAUGUUGACAGAAUUAGACUAUUUGCCUACAUACAUUGAAAAUUCCAAUGAGGCUGACUUCUGCUUAGGCAAGGAAUCAGAAAAUGGUUUUAGAAAAUAUUCACCAGAUCUCAGAGUGGUACAAAAAUAUCCUUUACUUAAAGAGCCUCAAUGGAAAUAUCCUGAUAUUUCUGACUGCAUGAAUACAGAAAGAAUAAUUGACAGUUCAAAGAGUUCCCCUGGGGACUCAUUUUUAGCAAAAGAGGACUUGGGCAGAAAGAAAGCAACUAUGCUUAAGAUUGCUGCAGCUUCCAAGACUGUGAAUACUAAUCAGAAUGCCCCUACAAAUGUCAGUGGAAAAAGAGGAAGGCCACGAAAAUUGAAACUCUCUAAGGCAGGGCGACCACCUAAAAACACGGGAAAAUCUUUAACUUCUACCAAGAGCAUUCCUAUGGGCUCUGGGAGUACCUUUCCAGAUGUGAAGCCUGAUCUGGAAGACGUGGAUGGUGUUCUCUUUGUUUCCUUUGAAUCGAAGGAAGCUCUAGACAUUCAUGCAGUUGAUGGGACAACAGAAGAGCCCUCUAGUCUUCAGGCAUCAAGCACAAAUGACCCAGGUUGCAGAGCAAGAAUUUCCCAGUUGGAAAAAGAAUUGAUAGAAGAUUUGAAAGCCUUGAGGCAUAAGCAAGUGAUACAUCCUGGUCUUCAAGAAGUGGGCUUAAAAUUGAAUUCUGUGGAUCCUACAAUGAGCAUUGAUCUUAAAUACUUGGGAGUACAACUACCUUUGGCUCCAGCCACUAGCUUUCCUUUCUGGAACCUUACAGGAACCAAUCCUGCUUCUCCUGAUGCUGGAUUUCCCUUUGUAUCUAGAACAGGAAAGACCAAUGACUUCACUAAGAUAAAGGGAUGGAGGGGAAAGUUUCAUGGAGCUUCUGCAUCUAGGAAUGAAGGUGGAAAUUCAGAAGGUCCACUGAAAAACCGUUCUGCUUUCUGCAGUGAUAAGCUGGAUGAAUACUUGGAAAACGAAGGCAAGCUGAUGGAAACAAGCAUGGGUUUCUCUUCUAAUGCUCCCACAUCUCCUGUCGUAUACCAGCUUCCCACUAAGAGUACUAGCUAUGUACGAACACUUGAUAGUGUACUAAAGAAGCAGUCAACCAUUUCCCCUUCUACCUCUUAUUCUGUAAAGCCUCAUUCUGUACCCCCUGCAUCUCGAAAGGCAAAGUCUCAAAACAAACAGGCAACUUACAGUGGCCGAAGUAAAACAUCUUAUAAAUCUAUUUUGCCAUACCCUGUUUCACUAAAGCAGAAGCACACUCAUACUGUUCCAGGAGAUAAGGUUACCAAGAAUUCUUCAGGCACUGCCUCAGAAAAUCAAGUGAAUAACUUCGUUGUGCCAACUUUAGAUGAAAAUACAUUCCCAAAGCAAAUUAAUUUGCGGCAGGCACACCACCACCAGCAGCAGCAACAGGGAACUCGCCCUCCAGGCUUGUCUAAAUCUCAAGUGAAGCUAAUGGACCUGGAAGACUGUGCACUUUGGGAAGGAAAACCAAGGACGUAUAUCACUGAAGAGCGAGCAGAUGUAUCUUUAACAACUCUGCUUACGGCUCAAGCAUCUCUCAAAACUAAACCCAUCCACACAAUCAUAAGGAAGCGGGCACCUCCUUGCAACAAUGACUUCUGUCGAUUGGGUUGCAUAUGUUCCAGUCUAGCUUUGGAGAAGCGCCAGCCUGCUCACUGCCGCCGACCAGACUGCAUGUUUGGCUGCACUUGUUUGAAAAGAAAAGUUGUACUUGUAAAAGGGGGAUCCAAAACUAAGCAUUUCCAGAGGAAGACUGCUCAUCGUGAUGCAGUAUGUUAUGAUACUUUGGGAGACGAGCAAAGGGAAGAAGUGGAGGGAGUCAAGGAAGAGGAAGAACAAUUGAAAGAGAAAAAGAAGAGAAAGAAGCUGGAAUACACUAUAUGUGAAACGGAGCCUGAACAGCCUGUUCGACAUUAUCCAUUAUGGGUGAAGGUAGAAGGUGAAGUAGAUCCAGAACCAGUUUAUAUCCCGACACCUUCUGUCAUUGAGCCUACGAAGCCAUUGUUGUCGCCUCAGCCAGAAGUUUCAUCUACUACUGUGAAGGGCAAACUGCUCACUGGAAUUAAACCUGCACGGACAUAUACUCCCAAACCUAAUCCUGUGAUUCGAGAAGAGGACAAGGAUCCAGUCUAUUUGUACUUUGAAAGUAUGAUGACUUGUGCCCGAGUUCGAGUAUAUGAAAGAAAAAAAGAGGAACAGAGACAGCCGUCACCAUCCCCAUCCCCAUCGUUUCUGCAGCUCAGCUCAUGUCAUUCUAGUCCUGAGAACUGUAGUGCAAAGGAGCCCGAUGCUGAACAGCAGCCCUCGAAACCAAUUACCUGUGACCUCGAGGAUGAUUCUGAUAAAUCACAAGAAAAGAGCUGGAAGUCUUCUUGUAAUGAAGGGGAAUCCUCUUCUACCUCCUAUGUGCAUCAGAGGUCACCUGGUGGUCCCACCAAACUGAUAGAAAUCAUCUCAGACUGCAACUGGGAGGAGGAUCGGAACAAGAUAUUGAGCAUCUUAUCCCAGCACAUCAAUAGCAACAUGCCACAAUCACUUAAGGUGGGCAGCUUCAUCAUUGAGUUGGCUUCUCAGCGAAAGAGCCGGGGUGAGAAGAGCCCCCCUGUUUAUUCUUCUCGUGUGAAAAUCUCUAUGCCAUCAUGUCAAGACCAAGAUGAUAUGGCUGAGAAAUCUGGAUCAGAGACUCCUGAUGGUCCAUUAUCCCCUGGGAAAAUGGAUGAUAUCUCUCCUGUGCAGACAGAUGCCCUGGAUUCAGUGAGGGAGAGAUUACAUGGAGGCAAAGGUCUGCCCUUUUAUGCAGGGCUUUCUCCUGCAGGGAAACUUGUGGCCAAUAAACGUAAACCCAGUUCAAGCACAUCUGGGCUUAUCCAGGUAGCAUCCAAUGCCAAGGUGGCUGCAUCCAGGAAACCACGUACCCUGUUGCCUUCAACAUCCAAUUCCAAAAUGGCAUCCUCCUCCGGCACUGCAACAAAUCACCCUGGGAAGAAUCUGAAGGCAUUUGUCCCGGCAAAAAGACCAAUUGCGGCACGACCCUCUCCUGGUGGUGUGUUCACACAGUUUGUGAUGAGUAAAGUUGGAGCCCUGCAGCAGAAGAUACCUGGAGUUAGCACACCCCAACCCCUAACAGGGCCACAGAAGUUCAGUAUCAGACCUUCUCCAGUAAUGGUCGUCACACCUGUGGUUUCUUCUGAGGCAGUUCAGGUGUGCAGCCCUGUGACUGCUGCUGUCACUACUACCACCCCUCAAGUGUUUUUAGAGAAUGUUACUGCUGUGACACCUAAGACUGCUGUGUCUGACGUGGGAACUAAAGAAACUACUUACCCUUCUGGUGCCACCACUGCAGGGGUUGUUGAGGUCUCUGAAACUAAUACCAGCACUCCUGUAACAUCUACCCAAUCUACAGGCACUGUGAACCUUAUCAAAACAACUGGGAUAACUACCCCCGUGACUUCAGUUGCUUUUCCUAAGUCUUUGGUGGCAUCUCCAACCAUAACUCUUCCUGUUGCUUCCACUGCUUCCACCUCCAUAGUCGUGGUGACCACAGCUGCAUCUUCCUCCAUGGUGACCACACCAACUUCAUCUCUUGGCUCUGUUCCCAUUAUACUCUCAGGAAUUGAUGGGAAUCCACCAGUGAGCCAGAGACCAGAAAAUGCCCCUCAAAUUUCAGUGGCUACUCCACAGGUUCCUCCUAACCCAGUGAAACGUGCUGGACCUCGAUUGUUGUUGAUUCCAGUGCAGCAGGGUUCUCCUAAUGUCAGACCUGUCUCAAACACACAACUUCCAGGACACCGGAUGGUCUUGCAGCCUAUUAGGAGCCCAAGUGGAAUGAACCUAUUCAGGCACCCUAAUGGGCAGAUUGUUCAGCUCCUCCCUUUGCAUCAGCUUCGAAGCUCUAAUACCCAACCCAACUUACAGCCUGUCAUGUUUCGUAACCCAGGGUCUGUGGUAGGAAUCCGAUUACCCACUCCUUCUAAGCCUUCAGAGACUCCACCAACUACUGCUUCAUCCUCUACUUUUUCUGUUAUGAGUCCUGUAAUUCAAGCUGUUGGGGCUUCUCCAGCAGUGAAUGUCAUCACUCAGGCACCAUCAUUGCUUUCUUCUGGACCUAGUUUUGUGUCUCAGUCUGGUACAUUGACCCUGAGGAUUUCCCCUCCUGAGCCACAAAGCCCUGCAAAUAAAACAGGCUCUGAAACCAAAAUAACCUAUAGCUCAGGAGGGCAGCCUGUUGGUACAGCCAGCCUCGUUCCUCUCCAGUCUGGUAGUUUUGCCUUGUUGCAGCUCCCAGGACAAAAGCCUGUUCCCAGCUCCAUUCUUCAACAUGUUGCUUCUCUUCAGAUGAAGAGAGAAUCCCAGAAUGCAGACCAGAAAGAUGGAACAUGCUUUUUAAAAAGAGAGCAGGAAACUAAGAAGGCAAAGGUCCUACAGUCAGAUGGAGAACCUGUAGACUCUGAGGCUAAUGCUAUAAAGCAAAACUCAGGAGCUACUGCCUCAGAAGAAACUCUGAAUGAUUCCUUGGAAGAUGGGGGUGAUCAUUUAGAUGAAGAAUCCCUGAUAGAAGAAGGUCCUGCAACUGUUAAACCUUCUGGGCACUCCUGUAGCACUGGGUCACUCACAAGUGAAGACUGUAAAGAUGCUAAUGAAGGUGGGAUUAGGAAUCAUAAUAGUUCUAAAGAAAAACUGACUCUUCUAGAAGUUAAGACCAUUUCUGAAAGAGCCAAUAAUAUGACAGUCCAAAGUAUAAGUAAUGUGCAGCUUAAAAAACUGGGUAAUGUGAAAGUGGAACAGCAGAAAGGAUUAGACAAUUCAGAGGAGAAAUCAAACAAAUUUCCACUUAUCUCUAAGGAAGACUGUAAACUUGAAUUAUCAGGGAGCAUAGUUGUGGAGGAGCGUCAAUCUAAUCCACAAUCAGAGGCCAAGGAGAAGGGAUGUGGAGACUUUCUAAUGGACAGUCUUAAGGAAAGAUGGAGAAAACACCUGAAGGGCCCAUUGACCCAGAAAUGUAUUGGAACUUCACAAGAAUGCAAGAAAGAGGCAGAUGAGCAGUUAAUUGAAGAAACAAAGACUUGUCAGGAAAAUUCAGAUGUGUUUCAACAAGAACAGUGCAUCUCUGGUUUACUUGGAAAAAGUGAAACUACUGAGAAUACCAGAGUUUUAAAAACUGAAUGUGAUUCUUGGAGUAGGAUUUCUAGUCCUGCAACCUUUGCCAUUGUUCCUAGAAGAGCUACAAAAGGGAGCCGAGGUGAAGGACAUUUUCAAGAUCAUGUACUGCUCUCAAGAGAACAGACACAACCAAAGCAAGAGAAGAAGGGUGCGAGAAGCAGUGCCGACUUCAGUGUUUGGGAUUUGGAAGAAGAUGACGAGGAGGAUGAGAAUGAGAAAACCGAUGAUUCUGUUGAUGAGAUUGUGGAUGUUGUUUCUGACUACCAGAGUGAGGAGGUUGAUGAUGUAGAAAAGGAAAACUGUGUAGAAUUCAUUGAGGAUGAGGAGGAACAGGUGGACAUUGAGACUGUGGAAGAGUUCUCUGAGGAAAUUAAUGUUGACCAAAUGAAGACCACAGCUACCCACACACAGACUUUUAAACAGACGAAGCGGCAAGGUACAUGUGAAAGAUAUUUAGGUGUUCAUUUUUUGUUUGUACAGACUUCACCAGUUCCUAUAAAACUGAAGCCUGAAUACUGGAGUGAAAAAUUACAGAAAGAAGCAGAAGCUUUUGCUUAUUAUCGCCGGACGCACACUGCCAAUGAGCGGCGCCGGCGUGGUGAAAUGAGGGAUCUCUUUGAGAAAUUGAAGAUCACAUUGGGAUUACUUCACUCCUCCAAGGUUUCCAAAAGUCUCAUUCUUACUAGGGCAUUCAGCGAAAUUCAGGGACUAACAGAUCAAGCUGACAAGUUGAUAGGACAGAAAAAUCUCCUGACUCGAAAAAGAAAUAUUUUGAUACGGAAAGUAUCAUCUCUUUCAGGUAAGACAGAAGAAGUGGUCCUGAAGAAGCUAGAGUAUAUUUAUGCAAAACAGCAAGCACUAGAGGCACAAAAAAGAAAAAAGAAGAUGGGAUCAGAUGAGUUUGAUGUGUCUCCCAGAACUAGCAAACAGCAGGAAGGAUCUUCUGCAUCAUCUGUAGAUCUCGGACAGAUGUUUAUAAAUAACAGGAAGGGGAAACCUUUGAUUCUUUCCAGAAAAAGAGACCAGGCCACAGAAAAUACCUCACCAUCUAACACUCCACACACCUCUGCCAACAUCGUGAUGACUCCACAAGGGCAAUUGCUCACCUUAAAAGGUCCCCUAUUUUCAGGACCAGUGGUAACUGUUUCUCCUGCUCUAUUAGAAGCAGAUCUGAAGCCUCAACUUGCCAGAAGUGCUGUGGCUCCAUCAGAAAAUGAUGACUUAUUUAUGAUGCCAAGAAUUGUUAAUGUGACAUCCCUGGCCACAGAAGGAGGUUUGGUAGAAUCGAGUGGCAGCAAAUAUUCUCAUGAAGUUCCUGAUGGCAAGUCACCUGACCACCUGAAAAACAGUGUCAGGAGUGAAGAUAGCUCCUUUGAAGAUUCAGGUAGAAUCUCUUCCAGAGGCAACCAUAGAGGUGGCAGAAUGGCAUUGGGUCCAACACAGGGUUUUCUAGCACAUAAAGAUUCUGUUUUUCCACAAAUGGUUGAUGUUUCCAGUGUGCAAGAAGCACAAGAGCUCUUACCCAAAAGGAUUUCUGGUAAUACGAGAGGGAUUCAGUAUAAAUGGAAAGAGAGUGGAUCAAGACGGGAGAGACUGAAGCCAAAGGAGUCUUCAUUUCAUAAAUUAAAAGUGAAAGAUCUGAAAGACUCAAGCAUAGAGAUGGAACUAAGAAAGGCAGCAUCAGCUAUAGAGGAAGCAGCACUGGAUCCCAGCGAACUGCUAACUAACAUGGAAGAUGAGGAUGAUACUGAUGAGACACUCACUUCUCUGCUCAAUGAGAUUGCCUUUCUUAAUCAGCAACUAAAUGAUGACUCUGUUAGCCUGGCGGAACUGCCCAGCUCUAUGGACACAGAGUUCCCAGGGGAUGCUCGACAGGCUUUCAUCAGUAAGCAUCCUCCUGGGAACAGAGCAAGUUUCCAGAUUGGCCACUUGGGUACUGGUGUGAAAGAGUUGCCUGAUGUACAAGGAGAGAGUGACUCUGCCAGUCCCCUCCUCUUGCACUUGGAAGAUGAUGACUUUUCUGAGAAUGAAAAACAAAUUGUAGAACCAGCCUCUGAGCCAGAUGUCCUUAAGAUUGUUAUUGACUCGGAGAUAAAGGAUUCCCCUAUUUCCCACAGGAAAGUCAGUGAUGGAGGGAAGGGUACUUCUAGUAUCCCUGCAGAGUCUGAAAAUAUUUCCUCACCCCCCAUUCUACACAUGAAGGCUGGCCUAGAGAACAGCAUUACAGAUACUUUGUGGAGGCCUAUGCCAAAGUUGGCACCUCUGGGUUUAAAAGUAGCUAAUCCUUCCAGUGAUGCAGAUUGUCAGAGUCUCAAGGUGAUGCCUUGUUUGGCACCUGUAGCUGCCAAAGUUGGGUCAGUUGGACACAAAAGAAACUUAAUAGGGAAUGACCAGGAAAGCCGGGAGAGCAAGGUGAUGCCUACAUUGGCACCUGUUGCGGUCAAAUUGGGCAACUCUGGGGCCUCAUCAAGUUCUGCAGGGAAAUGAACUUAAUGGUCCUUAGGCAGAAGCCAGGCUGUGAGGGGAAACCUCCUUUCUCUGCUGGCAUCUGUUUAUUUGUGUCAUGGAACUGUGAUCCUUGACUUCGAUGCAGUGGAUAAUGGUAGAGAAAGGGAUAGGUUGCUGACCUUGGUGUAAGAAAUUACUAUUAUGAAAUUCUAAUCAUGUUAAAAUGUGUUACCUCAUUUGUGGUGCUGGGUCUCCUCAUCCUCUCUAAGAUGUGAUUGAUCCAUUGCUGAACAUGAGGUGUUCCUUUCACCUAAGGAAUUCAUAAGAUUCUAGAUCCAUAGUGGUUUUCUAGUUCCCUACGAGAUAAAAAGCUGCUUGAGACUUCAGACCUGCUAUGGACUGAACUGUAGUUUGAUAGCUAUAGUUUAGGUGUGAAAUCCAAGGGAGGUGAUGCACUAGUGCAGAAGGAUCCAGAAAAGAGAGUUUCCAGUUGGUGUUUUAAAAGCAGGUGGAGAGGAAUGGGAUAACAUGGAAUACCAAAGUGAAUACUUUGCGGCAUUCAGCAAAAUUCUCUCUUUCAUAUCCCAGACAACUUCCAUUCCUUCACAUUGUCAAUAAGAAUUAUCAAUCCAAGUCUUUUGGCAAAUUAGGAAUGCUUUUAACUUUUAUUACUAAGGUAAUUAUUCUGAGAUGUUAAAAAACACACACACACACACACACACACACACACACAAAAACCUAGUUCUCCCUUAUUGUCUCGGGCACUGAAAAGACCAUUUCACAGGACCAGGGAUUUUCACCUGGAAUAUAUAUUUUGGAGGUAGGCAUAGAGGGAGCCCUACCCCUUCACAAAUCAUGUCACUCAGGAGAUAACUAAAAUGAAAAGCAUUCCCUCCCGAGACCAGAGACUGGCCAAAAUAAAAAACUGUGGGGCUGGAUAUUUCCCAAAGCAAACCAGCCUCCUGGUGCUUGAAGGUUUCAUUCAUUACCUGCACAGGAUGUGAAGUAAAGAAAAGUCACAGAAGGCACUCUUUACCAGGGAAAUCAGGCAGUAUUUGAAUCAAGAUAUAUUUUUUAUUAUCUGCUACCAUGGAUUCAAUGAUCUGUAGAGCUUUUUCACUCAGCUGUCAGGGUAUGAAGGACUGACAGCCUGUAAAGAUGAAGAUAUUUAUAUUUUUGUAUAGUUGUUUUGAUAGAUUUCUCAAAGGCUGAAGUUUUCAACCUAGAAGAAGAGAUUUGUAUUGAGUAUAGAAAUGAUGUUUCCUAUCUAGUUUGUAAAUAAUCAUGGUGCACUUGAGGGGUCUCUUGGGAACUCCCGGGGGCAAGAAUCACUAUUCUGAAAAUGUAUAGACUGGGAUUUAGCUGCUACAUUUUGCCUUUCUUAAAUAAUUAUAUUUUGGAAUGUAACCCAUGUUCUGUCUUCAUUGACAGGAUUUGCUUGUGUUGUUAAACACUAACACAAGAGCUUCCAGUGCCUGGGCUGUGCCUAGGUGAUGCUAUUUCUUCUACAUCCCCUGCCGCCUUUAUCCCAAAUCCCAUUCAGUGUAUCUUCAGACCUAGGUUGUGAGACCAACUUUGGAAUAGUUCUAGCCAGUAAAUUACUACUUUCAUGGUUGGUUCCCUUUCUAGUAACUCUGGUAAUCAACAGAUGGAAAAGGGUGGAAAAUUUUCCUCUGCAAAUUGCAGUGGGAGCAAAUUCUUUGUUUUGUGCUACUUGCCUUUCUACACCUUGCUCAUCUAGCAUUCAGCUUUCCCUCCUCUAAGGUUACUGAAGAAGCUUGAAGUAGGUAAUGAGUGCUUCUCAUUAUCCUUCCCACUCCCCUCUACCCAGCAGAUUUCAUUCAUGCCUUAGCCAAGGAGUCCAGCACCUGUCUUCCCUGCUAAUAAUUGUCCUUGGAGAUGCUAGUACUUUAAUCUAGGUAUAGCAGUUUCCCAUUAUUUCCUUGCUCAUCUUGUCCUCACAUUUCCUCCUGACUUCCCAAAGCUCUUGUUACGCCUUUUGAGAGUCAGCCAAGGAACAGGCAAGUGAGUGGAUAAUCCUCAGGAAAAGAAGGACCAUUCUGCUUCUGAACACUGUUCCCUUUUUUAUAGACAAACAGGUAGUAGUAGUCAGUUCUUAAUGGAAAGAUAUUUGACUAUUUUUGAGAGUUGUAAUAACAUGGAAAUAAGAGGUAAUUCCCGGUGUUCAAGGAAGGCUGCAGAUGUCAUUGCAAACCCCCAAGAUCAUGGUGUUUUCAAGACCUCUUAGAGUUAAGAAGAUAUCAGGGCUAUUUUGAGGAGGGCUCAGUCUUCAGAACAAUCCUGAAGUUUGACAGAAACUUAAAAAAAUCCAAAAACUUUACCCUUUAACCUUACCCCAGGAGAAACUGAUCUAUGAAAAUUACAUGUGUGAUUAUGAAAGAUGUAGUUGAGCAAGAGAAAUUGAGGAAUCUGGAGAAUAGUGAGCGCUCACCCUAACUCUAUAAGAAGCAUGAUCUCAGUAGACCAAUAAUUCGCCUUUUUAUACAUCUGUAAAUAAAUGGAAUGUUUUUAAGAAUAUAAUUAUGUCAGAUUUAGCCUUUUCUUUUAUAUAUUAAAUAUAUAUAUCUUUCCUUUUCUGCUUU